AUGCGGCAACCAGUGUUACCACGUCAUAGUAAACGAUUACAUUCGUGGCUACGACAUGUAACAUUACUACGUACGCUUCUUGCGAUCUGUGCAUUUCUUGUAUGUUGGGGGUACACUCAAUUGCUGGUACGUUACGGUAGUAUCUCACCUGUAGCUACAGCUUUCUUUACAAGACCAUACGACGGUCGUACCGUCGACGAUCUUCCACCAUCACCACCAUGGAGACCAUCAUUUCGUGUUGUAGUUUCACUUACGACAACACCUAGUCGAUUACACAAGGUUAUGGAUAGUGUACGAUCAUUAACUAAACAAAAUCUCGUCCCGGAUCAAAUAUACGUGAACAUUCCAGAAGGUCAAAUGAAGCGACAUCCUGAACGUUCAUACGAUGAUACAGAGAUACCGUCUGAGCUUUUAGAACUCGCACCAUUGGUUCAAGUAAAUCGUUGUGUCGAUGAUGGUCCAGCCACAAAAUUACUUGGAGCUUUACGGAUUGAGAAAAACUCAUCAACAUUAAUUAUUACACUAGAUGACGACUUUGUAUAUCCACCAGAAUUAGUGUCAUCAUUAGUCUGGGAAGCAGAGAUCAAGCCAGAUGAUGCUUUAGGCGUUUGUGGAUGGGGAAUGCUACCUAUGUGGCACGAAGUGGGUGUCGUGCCUGCCUACGUACCAUAUUUUAUGCGCCCAAAUGGACGCUUUGUAGAUAUCUUACAAGCAUGCUGCGGUAAUGCAUAUCGACGCGGAUUUUUUACGGAUGUGAAAGCUUUAGCAGAUAUUCCAUCUGUGUGUGUAACUGUGGAUGAUGUGUGGAUUGCUGGGUAUUUACGCAUGGUCGAACAACGACGUAGUGCAUUGAUAAGCAAGAGAUUGGACCCUUUAGAUCCACAUUGGAAGAUCAUUGAAGCGCAUUCAAGUGAAAGUCAGAUGACACUUUCGCGAUUUAAUCACGAGCAUCAAAUUCACUACAAGUGUGUGAAAGCAAUUGAGGAAAAGUUUCAACAACGCUGGACACGUAAUUUUGAAGGAUAG